CAGAUAACAGAAAGAAGAAAAAAGAUUGAAACUUUUGAAAGCUAAUGAGAAGAGAUUGAACUUUUCUCCCCUCUCUCUCUCCAUGGCUGCCAAUUUCUGGACUUCGUCUCACUACAAGCAGCUUAUAGAACAAGAAGAAGUGGAUGUAGUUCAUCCUCUCGACAAAGAACGUGGAAUCUCCGUUGAGGAUUUCAAGCUCAUCAAGUUCCAUAUGUCUAAUCAUAUGAUUAAAUUAGCUCAGCACAUUAAAGUCAGGCAAAGGGUUGUGGCUACCGCUGUUACCUACAUGAGAAGGGUUUAUACCAGGAAGAGCAUGGUGGAGUUUGAGCCCCGUCUGGUUGCUCUUGCAUGCAUGUACCUGGCAUCUAAAGCUGAAGAAAGCAUAGUUCAGGCCAGGAAUAUCAUUUUUUACAUCAGAAAAUUGUAUCCUGAUGAAUAUAAAUAUGAACUAAAAGAUAUACUAGGCAUGGAGAUGAAGGUCUUAGAAGCACUCAACUAUUAUCUUGUUGUGUUUCACCCUUACCGCUCUUUAUCUGAGUUCUUGCAAGAUGCUGCAAUAAACGAUGUAAAUAUGAACCAGAUUACAUGGGGAAUUGUAAACGAUACUUAUAAGAUGGACCUCAUUCUUGUACACCCUCCCUACCGCAUAGCACUAGCGUGCAUAUACAUUGCAAGUGUCCACACAGAGAAAGACAUCACUGCAUGGUUUGAAGAUCUUCAUGAGGACAUGAACUUGGUGAAGAACAUUGCCAUGGAGAUUCUGGACUUCUACGAAAACUACAGAUCAAUCACGGAGGAGAAAGUGAACUCCGCGUUCAGCAAACUGGCUUUGAAGCCGUAGUAGCAGCAGCCGAGAAUAUUCUCUAUCUAAGUUUAAUCUAAUGCUAUCUCACACAAAAGAUAAGACUUUCUUAAACAUUGUUGAUAAACACUACCAAAAUUAGUUGCCACCAUCUUACCUUUGUGGCAGACAUGUAACAUUGUUGAUAAACACUACCAAACUUAUAAAUCUUAAACUGAUAUCAUAAUCAAUCUUACGCAA